AUCAUUUAAUAAUAUUUAUUUUUGUUUAGAAGGAUGAUUAUCAGUCGAGGCUUAUCAGCUAUAGGGGUGCUCUCCCUGCCAACACUGAUGAGGCUCAUCCAAGUGCUGAUUAGCCUUGUGACGCCAUCUAGUGUGGAAUAUCCAAAGCAGGCGGAAAUCAAACACGGACAAACCUUUGACUUCAUAAUAGUGGGCGCGGGUUCCGCAGGCUGUGUCCUCGCGAACAGACUGACGGAGGUAUCUGACUGGAAGGUGCUGCUCAUCGAGGCCGGAGGAGAUCCACCCAUCACUUCUAAUACUUUUUCGAUAUUAUUUAUAUUUCAGUUGCCAGCUCUGUUCAGCCUAGUCGACUACUCGUCUUCAGAUUGGAACUACUACACAGAGAAUGAUGGAUACACCAGCCAAGCUCACAGAACCAAAAACGUGCAUUUGACGAGAGGCAAAAUGUUGGGAGGCUCCAGCGGUGCCAACUAUAUGAUCUAUGUUAGAGGCAGCAGAGAAGAUUACGACGAUUGGGCGAAUCAAGGCAACGAGGGUUGGAAUUGGGACAACGUCCUCCAUUACUUUAAAAAGAGUGAACGUAUGAUUGACCCUAUAAUCUUAAACGGCGAAACAGCUCAAAAUCAUAACACUAAUGGCUACCUCGGAGUGACUAGACCCGAUUGGAAGGAGAAAACAGAACCCUUAUACGAAGCUUUUAAAGAAAACGGUCAUAGAAUACUAUCAGAUAUUCAUGGAGAACAGCAAGUUGGAUAUUAUUAUCCAACCUUCACUAUCGAUAAUCACAUACGACAAAGCACAGCUAAUGCUUUCCUGAGUCCUAUACGGGACCGUCCUAAUUUGUUUGUACUAAAAAAUACAUUAGCAAGAAAAGUCAUUUUUGAUGGCAAGAAAGCUAUAGGCGUCGAAGUCUUAUUGCCUGGCGGAAAAGUAUCAGAAGUAUUUGCAAAUAAGGAAGUGAUAUUAUCAGCAGGUACUAUAAACAGUCCUCAGUUACUUAUGCUAUCAGGGAUCGGUCCAGCUGCACACUUAGAAGAAAAUAACAUUGAUGUACUAAUAGAUUCCCCGAACGUAGGUGAAAACUUGCAAGAUCAUGCUUGUGUAUUGUUGAUUGUAGCUGGAAAAAGGAAUAUCGUAUCGGCCGUUCAGAAUCUCGCUGGCUUCGUGCAUUUAGAUUCAUUUCCAUCGCCGGUCGUAGCAGGCCACGUAGCACUCGAUAGAAAGCAAACCUACCCGGACUAUCAGGCAGUACUCUUUGUUGAACCAGCCGCGUCAUUAACUGCCUCCAUAAUCUGUGCUACUGUUGUAGGACUAGAAUAUUCCAUUUGUAACGAAAUAUCUUAUGCAAUCCAAGAUAGGGAAUCAUUGAUUGUAGCGAUGACUUUAUUAAAACCUGAUUCUAAAGGCAAGAUUGAACUGAAGAAUAAAGAUCCACUUGAGAAGGUGAAGAUAUACAGUGGGUUUUAUAGUAAUAAAAACGAUUUGGAGCAACAUGCGCGUUCCGUAGAAGAUUUUAGUACAAUAGUCAACACCACAUACUUCAAGAGUGUUGGAUCUGAAUUAGUUAACGUGAAUCUUGAAGCCUGUAAGAAUUUUACGUAUGGAACUCAUGAUUACUGGAAGUGUUAUGCUUUAAACAUGGUGAGUACGCUCUGGCAUCCUGUUGGCACGUGUGCUAUGGGUCCUGAGGGGGUCGGUGUUGUUGAUGAGAGGUUGAGGGUCAGGGGAGUGACUGGUCUAAGAGUAUCUGAUGCUAGUAUUAUGCCGGCCAUCACUCGCGGGAAUACGAAUGCACCAACAAUUAUGAUAGCGGAAAAGACAGCUGAUAUGAUCAAACUUGACCAUGGCAUCAGUAUAGAGGUUUGAAGUAAGCAGUUUCGUGGUAGGAUAUUUAAGAGAAUUGAUGUUCAUCCACACUAUAAGAGAUUAACACAGCUUUAUAUUUGGUUUUGUGAUGUAAACAUAUUUGUUUUAAAUAUUAAUACUUAAUUGUAGUUGCCAUUUUGCCAAUAAAUUUUCUUGUUGAAUACUGUUUGGUCUCAUGUUUUUUAUUCCCAAUGUUGUUAUAAUAUUUAAUUUAUUU